AUGACUAUAGUAUAUGCUAACAUCUUCCUGGCCUUCAUCACAUCUCUUAUAGGACUGCUCAUAUACCGGUCCCACCUCAUAUCCUCCCUACUCUGCUUAGAGGGCAUAAUACUAUCAUUAUUCGUAAUAAUAACAGUAACAAUCCUAAACAACCAUUUUACACUAGCUAGUAUAACUCCCAUCAUCCUACUUGUAUUCGCUGCCUGCGAAGCAGCCCUAGGAUUAUCACUCCUAGUAAUAGUAUCCAACACAUACGGAACCGACUACGUACAAAACCUAAACCUCCUGCAAUGCUAA